AUCACAGAAUCACAAAAUGCCGAAGGUUGGAAGGAAUCUCAGCAGGUCAUUUGGUCCAACCUCCCUGCUCAAGCAGGGUUAUUCUAGACCCCAUGGCACAGGAUUGCAUCCAGUUGGUUCUUGAGUAUCUUCACUGAGGGACACCUAACAAUCUUUCUGGGCACACUGUUCCUGUUUAUGAUCACCCGAAGUUCUUCUUCAUACUCAGGUGCAGCUUUUCUGCUUGCUGGCUCUCAUCUUAUUGCUUGGCACCACAGAGAAGAGCCUAUAUCCAUCGUCUUGGCAUCAACCCAUUAGAUAUUUAUACACAUUCCUGAGGUUCCCCUCUCAGUCGCCUUUUCACAAGGCUGAAGAGGCCCACCUCCUUCAGUCGUUCCUGGUAAGAGAGAUGCUCCAGUCCCCCCAUCAUCUUUGUUGCCCUCCACUGGACCUGCUGCAGUUCCAUGUCUCUCUUGUACUGAGAAGCUCAGAUUUGGACACAGCAUUCCAGAUGUGCCUCACUAGGGCUGAACAGAGGGACAGGAUCACCUCCCUCAACUGCUGACGUGCACUUCCUAUUUCAAAAAGGAAUUUGUUUGAGGAAUACCAAUUGCUUCUGUAAAAGUGAUGCUUUCCUUUGCCUCUUCUGUUGAUGUUUCCUGACCUGUCCUGUGUAGAACACACCGUCAGUGUCACUAGGUUCAGGAUGUUGUUAUGGGAAACGGAGAGGUGAACUGGAAGGCCUUUUAAAGGAGCGGUUGCUGCUUAAGCCGCUGGACCGCCAGCGUCACGACCACUCACGGACAUCUACCGCAUCGUUUCCGAGAGCAGCCUUCCUCCGCCCUACAGGGGCAGCGGGCGGCUCCCGCCCCUCUGAGGGCGACGGGAAGCGCCACCCCCGCCGCCGAGCGGAGCGGGGACAUGUCGGCUCCGCGGACUGCGGCCCGGGAGCGCGGCCCGGGGCUGGGGCCGGAGCCGGGCAGCGGCACGCAGACAGCGCACCGGCUGCUGGCCUACAGCGACGCGCUGCUGUCCAUCAUCGCCACCGUAAUGAUUUUGCCGGUGGCUCACACAAAAAUACAUCCUGACCAGAAAUUAGGUGAAAGUGUUCAGCAACUUCUUCUAGCAAAAAUUGCAGUGUACUUGAUGACCUUUUUAAUAGUCACAGUGGCAUGGGCAGCUCAUGUAAGGUUGUUUCAGGUGAUAGAACAUAUAGAUGAUGUCCUGGCUCUUCUAAAUCUGGCUUGUAUGAUGAUCAUAACCUUCUUGCCAUAUACAUUUUCCUUAAUGGCCUCCUUUCCAGGGGUGCCUUUUGGCAUCUUCCUAUUCAGUGUCUGUGCUGUUGUCAUUGGCCUUAUACAGGCUGUGAUAGUAGCAUAUGGAUUCUAUCACCCAUACUUACUGAAUCAACAGAUACAAGAGUCUGAAAAUCAGAAUUUCUAUAAACGUCAUAUCUUAAAGAUUAUUCUAAGAGGACCAAUUUUAUGCUUUUUAGCAGCCGUCUUUUCUUUGUUCUUUAUUCCUUUGUCUUAUGUACUUCUUGGACUUGUAAUCGUUUUUCCACAUCUCACUCGAUUAAUUACAUGGUGUAAAACCAAAAUUCUUGGUCAGAGAGGUGAAGAGGAGGAACAUCACAGCUUAGAAACCUUCACUUUUUACCUCAGUGAGCCUCUGAGUAAGGAACGAGUAGAAGCAUUCAGUGAUGGGGUCUAUGCCAUUGUAGCAACCCUGCUCAUUUUGGAUAUAUGUGAAGACAAUGUUCCUGAUCCCAGAGAAGUUGAGGAGAAGUUCCAUGGCAGUCUUCUUGAAGCUUUAAGUGAAUAUGGGCCAAAUUACCUUGCUUACUUCGGCUCAUUUGUUACAAUUGGUCUCCUGUGGUUUGUCCAUCACUCUCUUUUCCUUUAUGUAACAAAAGCUACCCGAUUGAUGGGACUGCUCAACAUACUUUCAUUGGCUUUCAUUGGUGGGCUUCCACUAGCUUACCAGCUGACCAGUGAAUUUGCAGAAAAGUCUCAUAAUGAAAUAGAAGCCAUUCAGGUCAGCUGUGUUAUCACUUUCUUUGCCAGCAUAUUUCAGUUUGCAAUAUGGACUACAGCCCUUCUCAAUGAAGAGGAAACUUUGCAUGCCUUUGCUAGAUAUGGUGGCAAGGAGCAUGCCUUCAUGUUUGCCAAGCUGGCUCUUUACCCUUGCGUAAGCCUGGGGGCUUUCUUUCUAACUUGUUUAUUAAGUGAAUUUAGCACAGCAAUCUUCCAUCUUAUGCAGAUUGUAGUCCCGUUUGCUUUUCUUGCCUUGCGCAUUUUUGUUAGAAUUUCUUUAACUGCCAUAAAGUCUGUGAUGUCUCUCUCCAGACGGAAGGUUGUAUUGUUAGAAGAAGAGGAGGCAUGUUUAUCUUCAAAUGAAGCACUGUCCUAAAUUUCUGCACAGUGCGUGUGAAGUUACGAGAUCAAUUUCAGCUCCUCUGACUCGCAUUAUAUUCGUGUGUGGAUUAUAUUGAUGUAAAUCAAAGUCUGUAUUGACCAUAACUGGGGCAUAUUUAUGUUUAAGCUGGCCAUGCUCGAGACCUUUUCUCCAAAAUCUGCUAUUGAAAAUAAUGGGUAAAGAGGGAGUGCAAAGAAAAGCAUAUUCCCAUUAUUUUAGGAUUGCCUUACAGGAAAAAAUGCUGCUUGACAUGUAACUGCAGCAGUGAUCAAUUAAGAAGUGUGCAGAUACCCAGCAAAAUGGCUGCCAAACACAGAAGUUGGUUGAGCUUCUGUGUAAGAGAAUGUGAGGCAUGGAAAACAUGGAGACAUCUGGAUUUCUGGAUGGUACAUCAUAGUAGAACAUAUGUGCAUACAAGUUACUGGUUUCCUUUUUUAAAAUUUUUUUCAAUGUUAAUUUUUUUCAAUUUUUUUUCAAUGGUCUGUUCUACAUAGUCGCAAACAGGGAAUAGCAGUUGGAAAUCUAACUGUGUUUGAGUGGCUCUGUGUGAGUUUAGAUGGGAGUUGCAAUUGUGAUAGCAGUCUUCCAAGCCAUCUGAACACAAGUUCUGUGGCCAUAUCUAUUAUUUUUUUUAAAAAUGGUGUAACAAAUGAGGAUUCAUGUGGCUUUGCAUCCAAGUUUCAACUGGCUUUGAUAUUUUCUGAGGGAAAAGAGCUCUGUGAUUAGACGUAAGGUUUUUUUCUGUUCUGCAGAAGCUUCUCAUCUGAAGUGUUUUAAUUUCUCAGGCUUUUUGUGUCUGGUUUUUGUCUGUCAAUGGAACACUUACAUGAAGCUGGAUAAGUAUUGUGCUUUUCAAAUCAUCUAACCUUCGACUGCCCUAGAAGCCAUUACAUUUCCUUUUGGCAGAGCAAUUAAUUUGUAUCUUGAAUUGUCUUAGUGCCUGACAACUUUAAUGCCAUAAUUAAAGGCAUUUGGGGAAUUUUGUUGUUCAUCAUUAAAAAAAAAAAGUGACAAAGUAUGCCUGAAGAAAUUAUAGGUGAAAAACAAGUAUCUUGUAUCAGUUGAGAUCAGCCUUGAAAGCACUUGUGCUUUUAUUUUGAAGCACAAAAUAAAUGGGUAUUGAUUGAUACCGAAUAUGUCAUUGUGAAUAUUACAUAUGUCUUGUGAAGAGUAUGUUCAGCUAUACAAGGGGAUUUAUACCUAGUUGUGGUUAAAUGACUUCCAUUGUGUUGUGCAUAGCAGUUUUUCUGAUAUUUAAUAAAAGCACUUUCAGUUCUGUAUGGUUUUGUUUCUAAUGUGCAGCAGACACAUAGUAAGUAGUGAAUAUGUGUAUUUGUAAUAAAUUGCAACCAGUGAGAAAACAAAA